AUGUUACCCUCUUCUUUGAACGCCUCGAGCACACCCGAUGCUUAUUACGUUCAACAUUCAACGAGCUCGCCACACACAGGUGAUUCGCACGAUGGAAGUGGGGCUGGCACGAGCGGCGGCAGUCACAGCAGCGGCUACCGAGGUCCAGCCUCCUCUGCUUCACACAUGCAUUUUGCCCAGUAUCCUCACCAACAACCCAAUGAUGACCGUGCACACAUGCAGACACCUUAUCAUCAGCAACCGUCUCUCUGGCCGACGUCAUCGGCCCCUUCACCAUACCAUUUUUCAAUGAAUGGUGGCAACAAAGAUGUCGUCGAAAAUGGCGGCAUGCCCUUUCAGGCCUUCAAUGCAUCGAACAAUGGAGGGACAUCGUCGUCGUGGCCUUCUCCUCUGGACCCACACUCGUACGAUGCUGCGCUGCGCUCUCAUCAUGGCCAACAUCAUCAUAUGUCCUCGCCACCCUACUCUCAUUACACUAACAAUGGAGCAAGCUACCCAUUCGUCCCCCAGCAUGGUGGCAAUAACGCGGGCCAAUUCAGCGAAGACGCCUCGACAUCUUUCGGAGUGGGCUACUCAGCACCCCCUUCGCAACUCGAGGCUCCACUCCGCUAUCCGAUGACCUUCAAUAUUGAUGAUCAGCUGGACGACUCGGGCAGCGGCGGCACGACGCGACCGAGACCGCGCAAGAAGCGAAAGGCAAACGCAGGUCCGAUUCGCACCAACAAAGACGAUCAAGAGCAGCACCAGCAGCAAGUUAGAGAACAGGAGCUGCUCACGACAACGACGAUGACACCUUCGCAUUCGCAUUACAACCCUUCCCAGUCAACGACGACGCAGACGACACCUGCGAGAGACGUCUUCUCGCCCUCGACUGGAAGCCACCACGACUGGAUUUCGUCAGGCGGUGGCGACGAUGGCUACACUCCUUUCACGGGCUCGUCCUCACGAAAUGGCGCAGGACUUUCUGCUAACGCUGUCGCAGUUUCACCAUCGCACAGUUCCGUCGAGUCUGGCAGUCAGGCGGCCUUCCAUGCCUUUCACGCUGGCGGUGCUGGCAGCGGACCUGGCAGCGUCACUUCGACUUCUGCCUAUCCCCACUACAGCAAUCACACAUCACACCAUCAUCCAACGGAUGAUCCCUCAUUUGGUGGCCCCGACGUGGAUGACGCCCAAUCGUCUCACCAGCGUUUUCAACGUAUCCUGGACGACUCUGAGGGAUUCUUCCAAGGGGGAGGAAGCAUCAGUCCUCAGCAGCAGCAGCAGUCGAGCCUGUGGCUGAAUGACGAACAGCAGCAGCAGCAAUACGCCAACGGUCUCGACUCUGCUGAGCCAGGAGCUCUCGAUGCCACCACGCUUGCCCAGGCUGCAUCAGCCUCGACUUCCGCUUCUGCCUUUACUCCUGAUGACGGUGGAGCAGAAAACGCAGUGCCCGCAGGCGCUGCCGGUGGAGCUGCAGACCAAGGCGAAGAUGAGCCUUUGUACGUGAAUCCAAAACAGUACGGGCGGAUCAUCAAGCGGCGAGAAGCUCGCGCCCGAAUGGAUGAGAAGCGAAGGAAAGCCGAAGAAGCUGUUAAGAGCGGUAAGAUCUCGGCUUCGGCUGCAGCGGCGCUUGCGGGGCGUGAGGCUGGAUUGGUGGCUCGAGGACUCUUGGGUCAUUCGGAGAGGGGCGUAUCGUCGGGAGGUGAUGGUGAAGGCGACGCACGAGCGCGCGGGGCAAGCGCAGGUGUGGCGGGAGACGACAAUCGAUCGUAUCAGCACGAGUCGAGGCACAAACAUGCGAUGCGACGACCGAGAGGUCCAGGAGGGCGAUUCCUCACGGCGGAGGAGAUGCGGGCGCGAGAGGAGGCGGAGAAAGCACUCGCAGAGGCGACGGCUGCUGCUGCUGCUGCCUCGGCUGUCCCUUCGGACCCUGAACAGCAGCAGUACCAACAACAACAGCAGAACCAAGACCAAAGCCAGCCGGAGCGGCCACCACCGCCUCCAGAGGAUCAGAUCAAGGUGGAAACGAGCAAUGAUAUCCCCGACUUGCAGCCUUCCCUAUUGCAAGAUGACGAGGCUCAAGCGGAUGACUUUCUCAUCUUGGAGUAG